AUGUCUUCGCAUAGUAAUAUAUCGUCAUCUAAACAACUAGAACCAUGUUAUAUUUUACGACCUAUUGGUUAUUAUUUAUUAUUUCUUUGGAUUAUUGGUACUAGUUUAAAUGCUUAUGUAUUAUAUAUAUUUAUACGAUAUAAAAAUUUACGUCAAUCAUCAACGAAUAUAUUUAUUUUUGGUUUAGUAUUUGCAGAUUUUUUUGGAGCUUGUUUUGAAAUACCAUUACCAGCUAUUGCACUUCUAGGAUGCAGAUGGAUUUUUAAAUAUGUUGGUUGUGUACUAGAAGCUAUUAUAGCUUAUUUUUCUGGUUGCUCAAAUAUGUAUAUGUUAUGUUUCAUUUCUAUUGAUAGAUAUUUUGUUGUGACAAGAUUGUUUUCAGGAUCGGUUAUAACGAUUACACAUGCUUAUGUAACUGUUAUAUGUGGUUAUUUGUUAGCUUUAUUUUGGACACUACUUCCAGUUAUUGGAUGGUCUAGCUAUGAUUUUGAAGGUGUUGGAGCAUCAUGUAGUAUAAAAUGGGAAGAAAGAUCAUUGAAUGUAAUCAGUUAUAAUAUAACUAUUUUUAUUUUUGUUUAUCUAAUACCAGUUAUGAUUAUUAUGAUAACGAAUAUAAGUGCUUAUAACGUAAUUCGUGAACGUCGACGUCGUACAAGUGUAAAUUUACAUGAAUCUUAUUCUCAACGUCACUUUUUAAUUGAACGUCGUGUAACCUACACUGUUAUUCUUAUCAUCGGUGGUUAUCUUCUUGCUUGGACUCCAUAUUGUAUAAUGAGUUUUAUUCGUGCUUUUAUUGAUGCUGAGUAUUUUCCGCCUAUUCUUGGAACAAUACCAGCAUUAUUUGCUAAAACAAGUGUUGUAUGGAAUCCUUUAAUUUAUGUAGUACGUAAUGGAAAUAUUCGUCACUAUCUUCCAUUCUAUAGAAAUAAUCUUUCUAAAGAAAGAAAUAGAACUUCUGAUCCAGCACGUUUCACAAUUUAUCCAUUUUCUACAGUUCAACUACCAUUAACAUCAACGCCAAGUUCUCGUCACACUUAA